ACCAAAGGAAUAACCGCCAAAAACUGUACACAACAAAAAGCCAUAAAGUUUCCCGGCGGUUUUUUUUUAUCCCUUCCGUUAUCAUCAAGUUUCCUCCUUGUGUUUCCUUAAAAUUUGCGUGAAGGCAAGCCACUUAUGGACUGAACGGUAGCUUGUUUGCACUCUGCAGUGUCCUAUUUCAUCCUGUUCAAUUUGUGAAUUUGUUACAACUUAAUUCCACCAUGGAUGGUUAUAUUAAAAUUGAAAAGAUCGGGGAGGGCACUUAUGGUGUCGUUUACAAAGGAAGAUGCAAAAAGACUGACCAGAUUGUGGCCAUCAAGAAAAUUAGAAUGGAAGGAAAUGAUGAAGGUAUUCCGUCUACAGCCUUGAGAGAAGUCACACUGCUCAAAGAAUUAGACCACCCCAACAUUGUCAGUUUGUACGAAGUUCUAAUGGAAGAAAAUCGAAUGUAUCUAGUUUUCGAAUUUUUAACGAUGAACCUCAAGAAAUUCUUGGAUUGUCAACUGCCCAACAGCAAAAUCGACACAAGCAAUACAGUUGGGAAGCUGGACGCAAUGCUGAUGAAAUCAUAUUUGUAUCAGAAUCAACACCAAUCACUGAUUUGCUGUCUGAGCGCGCCGCCUUGCGCAGAUGGCGCAGUAGUAUACGAAGCUAGAGCAGCGCUCCGUAGGAUAGAAAAAGCAGGUGGAGACACCCCAAGCCAAGCCCCCCAGUUCGCUCUAUCCGUACGAGGACACAAGUUCGGAAAGAAACUGUACAGGGAGAUCCGAGAAGAGAGACAGUACAUAUUACCCCCUCAGCAGCGGCGCUAAAAGCGCUUAGGCUGU